CAUUCUGCUCCAGUACAUUCUGCUUUACAGACGACAGUAUGAAUAACACAGCUUGUCCUCGUAUCAGCUUUGCCUUUCCAGGCAUAUUUCUGCCUCCUGUUUACAUCUUAGUGUUCAUCAUUGGUCUGGUGGCUAAUGGAUGGGGACUGAAGACUUUGCUGCGAAACUGGACAAAACUCAAGAUCAUCAACGUGUUUGUUUUCAACCUUGGACUUACAGAUGUUUUGUACCUGCUCACUCUUCCAUUUCUUGUGAUGUACUACUUUAUGGACAAUACCUGGAUCUUUGGAGACACAUUCUGCAAGAUAACAAGAUUCUGCUUCAACCUGAAUUUAUACGGCAGCAUCGGGUUUCUUACUUGUAUCAGUGUGUACAGGUACUUGGCCAUCGUCCAUCCCAUGAAGGUGAUGGGACGACUGACUGUCACACGCUCUGUGGUUAUUUCAGUCCUGGUUUGGCUGUUGGUGAGUGUUCAAAGUCUUCCAGACAUGUUCUUCACCAAAACAUAUAGAAACAAACCUGGGAAAUGUUAUGAAACCACCUCUAAGAUCUACGUUGAGGAUUAUCUGAAAUACAGUCUUGGAUGGACAUUGACUGGGUUUUGUAUCCCACUCCUCAUCACACUGGGCUGUUAUGGACAUGUGAUUGUGACUCUGUACCGGAAAGAAAACACUGACAAGGUACUGAAAAGGAAAUGUUUGAGGUUGUUGUUCAUCUUGGUUGUUCUCUUCUCUGUUUGUUACAUCCCCUAUCAUGUACUGAAGAACCUCAACCUCUGGUCUAGAGUUUUACAAAAAAGAAGGACAUGUUGUAGAUGGUUUAACGGAGUCUACAUCACUCAUCAGAUAAGUCGUGGCCUUGUGAGUCUGAACAGUGCUCUGAACCCUCUGGUUUACCUUCAUGGAAGUGAAGAUGUUCCUGCUCAGCUCAGACAACAGCUUGAAGAGGCCGGUCAGACGUUAAGGCGUCUCUAUUUUUCCAACUUUGGUAGAGUGACUGUAUCACAAAGUAAUGAAGAUAUUUAAAACAAACAAUGUCAGGUAACAGUUGCUCACAGAGCUUCAGUGUCAAAUUACAUCUCAAAAUAUUUUGCAGGGAUCAGUCACCUUUACUUUCUAAAGAGUUAAUUCCUUACACAGAAAGAGACAAAAAAAAAAACAAAAGUCAGUCAGGAACAACAAGUAAUAUUUAUCCAGCUAAAGGAAAUAACACACAUUUUCAUAGGGACGGCAUAUUCAAUUUGCCUGUAGAGUUUUCAUAAGCAACCUGUUGAAUCAAGUUGAAUUGGUCUUUUUAAUGAUUUUCUUCAUAUUCAAGCUUCCACGAAACCUUCCUGUAAUUCAGAUUUGUUUAGGUCCCGUUCACAUUAUCUCAUGAAGACACUUUUUUUUUUUAGAUCAGACUCAAAUUUAGAUUAUAGAAAAGUGAAACUGCUUUAAAUAAUUAAGAAUUACCAAACCAUUUAUAAUUGUUUACUUUGGUCCCUGCAUGAAGCCUCAAGGGAGGGGCUAUAGAGUCAUUCUAGGAUAUAUCCCACAACCAACAUGCAUAAGGAUUUACAUUUGUAUGUUAUAUGAAUAUUUGUCAUAAAGCUGUAGUGCUUUGUAGUAUUGUGGCAUCACUAUGCAAAAAAA